AUGAAGUUCAGCAAGCUUUCCACAGCUUUCAUCGUCUCUUUGUUCUAUGCGCCUCAACUAGUGGCCGCGGCUCUCAAUGCGACAGAGACCGAUACUCAGCUGGUCAUUUCCAAUGACCGCCUCUACGCGGCUGUCCAGAAAAAGGGCGGCGCUAUCGUGAAGCUCACACUGGACGGAACGAACCUACUUGGCAGCCCAUCUGGCUCUACUGGAAUCGGCCCCUACCUAGAUUGUUACUGCACACCAAAGGGCUUCUGGACUCCGGGCUCCGUGACGCCCAAGUACAAGCUCUUCAAGGGAAAGGAUACAAAGGGCAAGGACUAUGGCGGUAUUGUCAUGUCUGACACAUACACCGAAACAGGACAGGUCUUGGAGCAAUACUGGUUUUUGAGAGAUGGCGAGACUGGCCUGCAUACGUUUAGUCGAGUCGCCUACCACAACGAAGAGCAGCCGUUCCUUCGCAACCUUCAAGAACUUCGAACCCUCUUCCGGCCAAAUAACGAUAUGUGGACUCAUCUCCUCACCAACACGAAGCAUUACGCACCUCUGCCCGGCAAGGAGGCCAAGGAGAAGCAGGUUGUGGUACAAGAUGCGACAUGGUACAUGGGAAACACACCCAACGAUCCCUAUGUUAAACAAGAGGCGGACUAUUUCACCAAGUAUACGUUCCAGGAUAAUUGGCGUGAUAUCGACGCUUAUGGAUUGUUCGCGGAUGGCUCCAAGACCGAAGAUGGAGAUGCUUACGGCGCUUGGCUCGUCAUGAAUACCAAGGACACUUAUUUUGGAGGUCCUCUACACUCUGAUCUAGUCGUCGAUGGUAUUUUGUACAACUACAUCAGCUCCAACCACCAUGGAGAUCAAACACCCAAUAUUACCAACGGGUUUGACCGCACCUUUGGACCUCAAUACUUCCACUUUAAUCGAUUCCCUGGUACGACCGAUAUCCUCAAAGCCCAGGCUGACGCUGCUCAAUACGCCGACCCAGAAUGGAACGCCGAUUUCUAUGAUUCUAUUGCCAAGCAUGUCCCGAACUAUAUCCCUACCAAAGGCCGUGGAAAGUUUGAGAUCAAGGUUGAUCUUCCCAAGGGAGCUAAAAACGCCAUUGCUGUUCUCGCACAGAGCGGCGUCGAUUUCCAGGAUAACGUCUUUGAUACUAAAGCCUACCAGUACUGGGCUAACCUUGAUGAGAGUGGCAGAGCGACUAUUCCCCGUGUCAAAUCUGGGACAUAUCGCCUCACUGUUUACGCUGACAACAUAUUUGGGCAAUAUACACAGGAUAAGAUCAAGGUCAAUGCUGGCAAGACUGAGAAGAAGAACGUUCGCUGGAGAGAAGAGUCUGCCGGCAAAGAACUUUGGCGAGUCGGUACUCCUGACAAGACUUCUGGUGAAUAUCGUCACGGUUUCGAACCCGACACGUCCAAGCCCCUGCAGCCGGAACAGUACAGAAUCUAUUGGGCCAACUGGGAUUUUGUCAAGGAUUUCCCCGACGGUGUCAAUUUCAAGGUCGGCGAAAGCGAUGUUGGCAAGGACCUCAACUAUGUUCACUGGAGCGUUUUUGGCGGAAAGGGUAAUUACCCUCGCCCGGAGCAGUAUGUUGGCAACGGCGAUGUGAACAAUUGGACACUUGCAUUUGACUUGAAAGAGUCGCAGUUUAAGCACAAGAAGCGAGCUACAUUUACGGUGCAGCUUGCAGGUGCAAAGACUGCUGCGGGAAACACCGACGUUUACAAUGCUUCUGAGCCUCACUCGAAUCUCAAGUAUACUGUCAAUAUCAACGGCAAGGAUCUUGAGCCAUGGGUCAUUCCAUACUACCAAAGUAGCUCUUGUGCUGUGCGCUCUUCUGUGAGCUGUUACAACAUUGCUCACAAGUUCGAAUUCGAUGCCAAAUGGUUGAAGAAGGGUGAGAACGAGAUGGUUCUGAGCUUGCCUUACAACGGGACCAACUAUGAGUCUGCUGUGCUUCCCACUUCUGUCUAUGUGCAGUAUGAUGCUCUUAGGUUGGAAAUUGAGUAG